AUGCCAGUGAGUAUCGGAGCCUGACAUAAUCACAAUUUUACCGUUCAUAUGGGGCUUUAGAUGCCAAUACUGGAGUCAGUCAAUGCAUAAUAAAUGCGAGUACUGAGUGUUGUGUGUUUUAGCUCUGUCGGCCCAUUCAGUGCCGAGGUGUUGCUAUCACAAUAUUUCACAUAUGCACGCAUUGUGAUACAAGAUGGCGGCCUACAUAUCGCAAACAUGGAGAAAGAGUAACCUGAAAAUUGAACAUUGUCUGACUAUAUACGCGCAAUAGCGACCAUUGUUAACUAUACUAUCGACGUGUGUACUAGUAGAUCGUGUAGUGCCAGUUACUGCUCAAAUCCUAAGUGAAAAGUAAUUAUUAUAUUGCCUCGAACAAUGGUCAGCGUUGACGUUACCUAAUCCAGUCAGCAAGAGUUCAAGGUGGUAGCUAUGAGGUUUUGGAUCGCAAAUUCAUUACAAUUCCUUGGCAAUAUCACCCGCAGCAAUUUUCCUAUUUUAAUGUCAAUUUCAACUAGGUUUGAGUGAGUGAUAUGUGAUACCAUUUGUAUGUAAUUCAACUGGCUGUGAGCCAACACUCCUUGUGGAUUGUGUAUCUGACAUAGCUACAUCUCGGUAUCAUCCACUAGUUUUCUCUGGAUAAGGGGGUCUGCUAAUUGACUAAUGUUAAAUGCACUGUCUGUCACUUGUAAAUAGUUGUCCUAACUACUCAAACUAAAUGUAAUGUUCUAAGCAGUCUUGUUUGUCCACUCUUCUGCAGCUCGCAAAAGACUUGUUACACCCAUCCCCUGAGGAGGAGAAGAGGAGCCACAAGAAGAAGCGUCUCGUCCAGAGCCCUAACUCCUAUUUCAUGGAUGUUAAGUGCCCAGGUAGAUCCCCCCGCUCUUUCCUUCAUUGGACUCAUGUUUGAAGUGCCACCAUGUCUAUCUGAAUGCAGUAGCUUAAUGAGUCCUGCCCUAACAUUGUAUUUAUUAGGAUGCAAAUGGGGCGGGACCUACCAGAAUUUGUCCAAUAAGAAAUGCUUGUUUUAUUAGUUUCUUUGCUACUGUGUGCACUAGGGAAUAUACCCCAAGCACUAAUGAUGCUGGUCUUCAGAUGGGCUGUGUUAAUGGUUGUAUGUUUCUGUUUCCCUCAGGAUGCUACAAGAUUACAACUGUGUUCAGCCACGCCCAGACGGUCGUACUGUGUGUGGGUUGCUCCACAGUUCUGUGUCAGCCCACUGGCGGCAAAGCACGUCUCACAGAG